GUAGCUCAGACGAGCAGGCUGAGAGUUGGAGAAAACGGCUGAGGUUUAUGAUGGAGCGUUGUUAAGAGAUAACAGCGGGGUCGGUCGACGAAGAAAAUUAAACAAAGUCUACAUGACCGAAGAAACAGGACCGGCCGCGAGCAACGCAGACCCAAUAAUCAUGCAAUUCAAACACAGACGAAUUUAAGCAACCGCUUCUUCUUCUUCUUCUUCUUCCUUCUACUUGGUCAAGGUGAACACCGCUUGAAGACGCAGGUCACGUUGAAUCCCCGUCAUGUCCGUGGAAGAGCCGGGUUACCCCGACGCGAUGCUGCUGCUGGAGGCCGGGCCGGAGUGGCUGCGGGCUGAGAUCGAGCGUCUCUCCCGGGAGCUGAGCGAGACGACCAGCGAGAAGAUCCAGGCUGCGGAGUACGGGCUGGCGGUGCUGGAGGAGAAGCAGCAGCUCAAACAGCAGUACGACGACAUGGAGGUGGAGUACGAGGCUGUCAGACAGGAGCUCGACCAACUGAAAGAGGCCUUUGGACAAGCUUAUACCAACCACAGGAAGGUGGCGGCAGAUGGGGAGAGUCGCGAAGAGUCUCUGAUCCAGGAGUCAGCCUGUAAGGAGGCCUACUACGAGCAGAGAGUCCUGGAGUUGCAGAACGAGCUCCGGCAGUCGCGAAACAUCCUCGCCAACACCCAAUCUGAGAAUGAGCACCUCGUCGCCAUCUCCCAAGACCUGAAAGAGAACAGCCAAAUGGUGGAGCUCCAGAGAAGUCAGCUGCGUGAUGACAUCAAGGAGUACAAGUUCCGGGAGAGUCGACUGCUGCAGGACUACACCGAGCUGGAGGAGGAGAACAUCUCUCUGCAGAAACAGGUUUCUGUGCUCAAACAGAGUCAGGUGGAGUUUGAGGGUUUGAAGCAUGAGAUCCGUCGUCUGGAGGAAGACACCCAGUUCCUGAACAGCCAGUUGGAGGAUGCCAUUCGUCUGAAGGAAAUCGCAGAGCGCCAGCUGGGAGAGGCUCUGGAGACCAUCAAAACCGAGCGAGAGCUCAAGGCGUCCCUGAGGAAGGAGCUUUCUCACUACAUGAACAUCGGAGACACCCUGUACCACAGUCCUCUCAGCGUUUCCCUGGAUGGUCUCAAGUUCAGCGAUGAUGCCGCCACUGAGCCCAACAACGACGAGGCUCUGUAUGGAUACGAGAACAGCUUCAGCAAACUUGCCAACACCAUCACCGACAACAACCGCAUGUCCCUGCCCGAGAAGGAGGAGCUCUUCCACCCAGCACCCAGCCUGGUGGACGACCUGCUGAGCGAACUGAACAUCUCUGAGAUCCAGAAGCUCAAACAACAGCUGAUGCAGAUGGAACGAGAGAAGGUCAACCUGCUGUCCAAUUUGCAGGACUCCCAGAAACAGCUCGAGCAGGCGAACGGGGCUUUGUCAGAGCAUCAGGAGAAAGUCAACCGCCUCACGGAGAACCUCAACACCAUCCGCAAGCUCCAAGCCAGCAAGGAGCGCCAGUCUGCUUUAGACAACGAGAAAGAACGUGACAGCCACGAGGACGGAGACUACUACGAGGUGGACAUCAACGGACCUGAAAUCCUGGAGUGCAAGUACAAGGUGGCUGUGUCUGAAGCAGGAGAGCUGAAGGAGGAACUGAAGACUCUAAAAACUGAAUACCAGGCCUGUCAGUCACGUUACGAAGAAGAACGCAGUCGUCUGGAGAAUGAGGUCACCACUCUGGGAGGUAAACUGGCUUCUCUGGAAAAGACUAGCCAUGUGGAGAGAGAGGAGAAGGCUAAGCUGGAGAAGGAGCUGCGCAAGCUGAGCGACGUUGCAGGCGAGUCCCAAGGCAGUCUCAAUGUGGCUCAGGACGAGCUGGUCACCUUCAGCGAGGAGCUGGCCACCCUCUACAACCACGUCUGCAUGUGCAACAACGAGACGCCCAACCGCGUCAUGCUGGACUUCUACAAAGAGGGUAAGGGUGGCCGAAGCAGCCCGGAGGGCCGCGGUCGCCGCUCUCCCAUCCUGCUCACCAAGGGCCUCUUCCCAGAGCCUUAUAGGACCGACCUCGGCGACGGAGCCCACUCCCCAGGCUCCUCCAUACCUUCUCCUGUAUCUGAUCACCGACGCGAGCCCAUGAACAUCUACAAUCUGGUGGCCAUAAUCAGAGACCAGAUCAAACACCUUCAGUUGGCCGUGGAUCGCACCACGGAGCUGUCGCGCCAAAGGGUGGCCUCUCUCGAGCUCGGCACGGUCGCCGACAAGGACAAAGAGGCCUGCAUGGAGGAGAUCCUCAAGCUGAAGUCUGUGCUCAGCACCAAGCGGGAACAGAUCGCCACUCUGCGCACCGUCCUCAAGGCCAACAAGCAGACAGCUGAAGUUGCUCUGGCCAAUCUGAAGAGCAAGUAUGAGAACGAGAAGGCCAUGGUGACAGAGACCAUGAUGAAGCUGAGGAACGAGCUGAAAGCUCUGAAGGAAGACGCCGCCACCUUCUCGUCUCUCCGAGCGAUGUUUGCCACACGUUGUGAUGAAUAUGUUAUGCAGCUGGAGGAAAUGCAGAGGCAGCUGGCCGCGGCGGAGGAUGAGAAGAAGACCCUGAACUCUCUGCUGCGGAUGGCCAUCCAGCAGAAGCUGGCCCUGACGCAGCGUCUGGAAGACCUGGAGUUCGACCACGAGCAGACCCGCCGUGGAGGCGGCGCAGGCCGCUCCAAGGUGCGCAGCAAGCCCACUGCCACCGCCGCUGGCAACAACCCCCACGUAAGUCAGAGUCUCACAUGCUCCGCCUCCAACCGACCAGAGCCCAACAACGCUCUGCCCAACGGCAUUCUGGGAGGCCCCGUCGUCUUCUGCAGCGAGAAGUACAAGAUCUACUGCGACUGAGAGGCGGCUGCAAAGUCUGCAUGGACUGCUGUGUACAGAGGGGAGGGGGGGUGUGGUACCCUCCCCGCCCUUAGUGUUAAAGAGCCCCACUCGCUCGCUUCGCUCCCUGACCGGCCUGCGCUCCUCUAGGGACUGCUGUGUUUCUAACCGGCUGCUCGUUUGUGUUGUUGUUAACGCUUAGGGGAAUGCCGAUGUGUGUACAGUGUGCACUAGACGUUUGGACUGCAGUAGACAUGUGUGGCAUGUGGGGUUAAGGGUCCUGGUUAUGUUGGGGGGUGGGGUUGUGGAUAUUAUGAGGUGUCUAUUCUUUCCACUGUCUCGGUGCUGUACAUUUGAUGUAAAAGGUGUUUGUCUGUUCUGGCCUCCUGAUGGCUCGCCCGGUAACAUAAACACAACGUCUGAGUAGGUGGAGGCUAACGAUGAUGUCAUUCAUGGUCAUAUGACUUAAUGACAUCCUCACUUUUUUAGGCAUGUCUGUUGGCAUUGGUGCUCCUUUGUGGGGGUAAACUAUCCCCCAACUCCCCCUUCUCUCCACCUUGGCCAGGACUGACCCGUGUCCGGCUGAGCACCUUUUAAUCAAGGGACUCUUUAAUGUUUACAACAAGAAACAUAAACUAAAAUAUGCAAGCUCCUCCUGCUUCAUAGCUAGGGGAGCAAAAUAUAAAUUUCUAUAUGAAAUUGAAACUCACAGGGGGAGUCAGGGGUUUUAUAAUGAGAUAUUAAGUGCAGAAAAGGAGCACCUGUGACCACAGGUGUUUUAUUUUAGGAUCAUUUUAAAGCUGUGAUGCUAGCACACCAAUACAAUGAGAUAAAUAGAAUCGCAUGGCUUUGCAGCUUAGGAGCUUUUUACCUGUGUUUCCCCGUCCUGUUGUCCGGUGUGUGAAAUAGGAUGAACUCGUGCUACAGGGCUCUACAUUGUAAAAACAGAUGAGAGUAAAUUGGGGGACAGGAAAUCUCGAGAGGGCUACUCGUUCACAUUCGACCCAAUGCGACGGAUUUGUUCCGAGCCAUGCUUACAGGAGAGAGAGAACGUUUUGACAAAUCGAUCUCCGCGUCUAAAUUAAGUGUACUUCAGCUCAGGUGCCUCAGGUUCCUCUUCUUUCUGUCUGAAAUGGUAAAACUCCAUUACUGUGAACACAGAUAACAAUAUAGUUUUGUUUCGAAGUAAUAUUUUUUAAAGACGGAGCAAAUUGUCGAAGAGCACAACUCGAAUAAUACGGAUAGAAAAACCGGAUAAUAAUGAAUCUAAAACUAAAGCGCUCGGCGAAAGUGCCUGUCGAAACAAACACUUGCUGUAUUUAUGUGUUGAUGUAAAGCCCUGUCCUUGUGUCAGUACAGCCCUACUCUCUCCCUUUUUUCCCCUUUUUGUUUGGGAGAUUACUCAGCUGUUGAAUAAUCUCACAAGGUUCUUGCGUGUCUUGUUAUAACAACCUUCUCUCCUGUAGAUUGUCAGCAGCUUGCUCCCCCUCAGCAUCACCACUCACUCUUUAACUUAGGCCAAGGACUUGUGGGGAAAAUGGUCCCCUAAAUAUUAUUGUCAGGUAACCUCUCAUACUCAGUGUAUCAGUGUUGAAGUGAACGGCCCUCGUGUUUGUGUGUGUGCGCUACAUUUUUACCCAUUGCAAAUCGAGGGCCUCUCAUUUUCCUUUGUUGUUCGGUGUGAGGACGGAACAACGCAAUGUUUUAGUAUUGAUAAUAGCUUUAAACCAUUGCAAGCUAGUAUUAAGCAAAUGGUAAAAAAUAUAAAGUGGGGCUUGUGUGUGUUUUUUAAUAAAUCCAUGUACUGCUUGUGGAUCAUAGACAUGUUAGCUUUACGAUGCUAAAAGCAGGGUUGAUGUAAGGAAAUCCUGCAAGACGUUUUUUUUUUUUAAAUUAGCAUUUUCUAACACUAUAAAGCUAUAUAUCUAUAUUCUUAAUAUGCCACAUUCAGGUUGUGAUCUUGCAGGAUCCUAAUACAGUGUUCCUUCCUUUUAAAUGCAAACACUUUUAGGAUUUUCAAAACAGAACGCUGUCGGCAGUCAACCCUGCUUUAGUGUGCAUCUAUAAGCCACAGCACAAAAAGCAUGAUAACGAGGCUAUUGUACACUUUAGAGAGAAAAAAGAACAAAUCAGCCUCCUUUAGAGGUCAGUCACUCCUAUGUUUGAUUUUCACUUAACAUACGAGUAUGAUAUGUUCUAUCAGUUUGUGCUGAUUAUAGAAAAAGGUGUGCAGAGUAGAGGCGUGAUUAUAAAACCAGCUUUGGAGAGAGGAGGUUAGAUAGUCAGACGUACUGGUGAGGAGGAAAACCAGAUGUCUGUCUGAGAGAUGCCGUGGAACAAACGUGUCCACGAGUUUCCUGAGGGAGAAACUCCCGGUGAAGCUCGGAGGAAGAAAACCAAUAAGUGGUUUUGAUUCCAAGCAGAGGACAUUGAUUUCUCUCCCCGUGUAUAGGCUCUGUGUCUUCACCGAGCACUAACUAGAUCUCAGGAUGUGAUCGUGGCUAGACUCUCCUGUCCUCCUUUUUUUUUUUUUUUAGAUAGAUGAAUUCUAACGUAGCUCCAGCUAGUUUCAAAUCAACGUCCAGCUUUCUCUGGCGUCAUUCCGAUACGCCACCUUAAAAGCUCCGCCUACCUCUUCCUGCAGGCUCCUCCCUCGUCGACCUCUUCACGUUUCACACGGUGCACAUUGGUUCUGACUCCUCUUCAGCCUGCAUGUCGAAGACACAACUCGUGUUUUCAUUAACCUGCACGCCAGGUGAUCUCAUCUCCUUUGAUUCUUUUGUUUUGUUUUUUUGUCUGAGUGCGGCUUCAUCUUCGAGCUGCAAAUUAAAACUAAAAGUUCAUGGUCCUUGUGAGUGGAUGUGCUUUCAGAAACACAUCGACAGCGCUGCUUUCACUAACUUCCUUCGUCUAUGUGGUGUCAGAUUACUUUCAGAUUACCCCUCAAAAAACUAAUUCUGGUCAUUUCUUUGUUUCUCCGUUUUGCAGUAAAUGACAGUAUUUCUGCUCGGACGACGAACAAAGACCUAAAUAUGCUGAAACCAGAGGUGUAAAAAAUACCUAAAAGUAAAAGUAUUUUAACAAAAUCGUCACAGUGGAAGCACAUUUCUCACAAGUUCAAUGAACCUCUUUGAAAUUGUGAUUGGCUAAUCUAACCGUCCAAUGAGAAGCCAGGGGAGAUGUGGUCAUUUCUCAGUGUAAUUAAGCUGUUUUUUUUUUUGUUUUUUAUUAUUAUUAUUAGUUUGUUUAUUUUAACCUGCGCACUUUCAUUACAUAGAAUUAUAAGAUACUAUAAUUGAUCUAAUAGGAAAGCAUGGUAGUACUAUGGUUUGUGAGUUAUCCCUUUUUAUAUAAGUAGAACUAACCCAUCUAUUUGAAAUGAAUUAAAAUACAUUUACUUGAUAAAAUGCUCUACAAACCAUUUAUGUACUAUUAUGAAACUGUCCUCAAGAUGUUAUCCAUCAAAUAACCAUUUUUUAAUUGUUUUUGCUACAUUUUUACGUGUUAAGUUGUUUGGUUUUCUGUUCUACUGCCAUGAUCUGUGUGGAAAAAAACAAUCCAGGGUGAUUCAAUUCUGGGGUUUUUUCAUGUAUUUAUUAUUCCUAGGAAUAGUUCAAAAUUACAAAAUGAAACUUGACAACGCUCUGAUUCAUGUGGGUAAGUUGUGUUUGGAGGAAGAGGGAUACACACAAAAGAAGAAGAAUUGGAGCGAUUCUCUGUGCUUUUCCAAGCUCUUCUUACCAAGAGCGUUCCACCGAAACGCGAUCGCUGGCCUCCAGAAUUCUCUGCAAAGGGCGACAAUUAAAUUCCAAAUUGGAAUUGCUUCAUUCUCUCUUUAUCGUGCCAAAUCUUGGUACACCGUUUAGGUCAAGAAAGCAUAAAAAAAAAUAGAUAAAAGAAUCAGGAAUAAGACAAGCCGUCACCGAUGUAGGCGCAGCUGGAGGAGCGCUCUCUCCUCCGGCGAGCACCUGGUCCAGGUUUUGUUAUGUUUUGGUUUGUUUAGUUCUGACCAUUAGUGCCUUUCAUUGUUUCAAGGGAGAAUCUUAGAUUACUGUUUUAUGUUUAUUUUUUUUCUUUUUAUAGCUGAAGACUUUGGAUUUUAACUAACUGUGAGCAGCAAUAAAAAAAGCAAAAGGGAAUUUUAUUUCGCCCCUUUUUUCUGCACGAGUGAGACGAUAGUUUUAAACAGUGAAAUUGUUUUGAAUUCUGCAGGUCAGUGAUCCGGUUAAUAAAUUCAGGGGUAUUAAAAGGUUUUUUUUAAUUAUUAUUUUUUAUAUCAAACUUUUGGGAACCAAAGGCUUUCUUUGGCCUCCUGAUAUUGAACAAACAACUCCUGGCGCCUGUUUGGAGUAAAUCAGUGUACUAUUGGAAACAUCUCUAGCUUUGUUUGGUGAAGGUAAUGUGAUAUCAAUAGUAUUGUUGGGGAAAAAUAAAAAGUGCAGCGAGCACAUUUUAUCUUUCUUUUUUGUUCAAUUAAACUUUUUUGUUGUUUUUUUAUUAUUAUUGUUUUGUUUUUUUACAUUGUUAUUGAAUCUGUAGGUUUUCAGUAAACAGAAAACAGAUUUAGCAUCAACAAGCUUGAAUAGUGCCAUUUCUUAGCCAAUGCUUGUUUGUUGAGGCGUUAAAAGUUACCAAUAUGGAAGAAAGCUACAAAAUAAAAGUGCAAUUCUGAUGCUAUUUUUGUUUUUUUUAUAUAUAUAUCUUUAUAGGAGAGGUUUUCUGUUUGCUGGAAGCUAAAGAUUUCUGAUAAAUAAAAGAAAACAAAAAAAAAUUAGCUGUGCAAAAUAUUCAUAUUGUCUUUCAGUAUUGAUCCAUAAUAAGAGUUUGAUAUCUUUAUAUAAAAUAACGACUUCACUCGUCCGUUGGUAUUUAUUUGACUUUGUCAUGCAGUACUGUAAUCUUAUCAAUAAUGUGCAUUAUGAUUAGUGGUAUAUUGAUUACAACUAAAUGUCAUGCAUGUUUCUCAGUCAUGGGACCUUUACACAGAAGUGAAAACAAACAUGUCGACUACUUGUCAGGAUGUUUUUUGGGGAAAAAAAUUGAAGAAAACUAAAUGAGAAGUUUGAUGUAUUACUGCUGAAUUAAUCCUCUGGAAGUGUUUGUUUUCUAGUUGGGAGGGUGUGUUGCUGUGUAAGGGUAGUCAUACUGAAUAAAGGUAAUAAAUGUGA